AUGGGGAAUCGUGAGUCUCGAACGGCCGUCGACAAUUGUGACUAUCUAUUUUCGGCAUCGUUCGAUGCCGGAUGCACAUCGUCACCGCACGCCAAAGAUUUCGGCAAUCCAGCAGCACUAGGCACUAGCAGCAUUCCCAACACCACAACAAAAUCCAGCAGCAGUGUUGUUAGUACACCGUCGCCAUUACGCACCAGCAACGUAUCACCAUCAUCCAAUACGUCCUCUUCGCAGAAAUCGCCGUCUUCAACCACAAUCCACAAUAAUCCCUCACAACAACGUCUUCAACCACAACGUGAUGACUCAAUAAACUCUGACGAAAGCAAUGCUGACAAUUCCUCCUCAUAUGAUAAG